UUGCCAAAGGUGUAUUGCUGAAUAUCAAGAUGGCAUCAGAUGAAAGGCCACCUCCGUAUUAUGAAAACUAUGCCUAUCAGCCAGAAAAUGCUGCUCCUCCAGGGUACAUCAGUGGCCAUAACAUGUAUCCAUAUUACCCUUCAUCAGUGCCACGUUAUGUCCCAAGAGUUUCUACUCAACAGUCAAGUCCAGUGCCAACAACAGUGCAGCCAAAGUCGUCUUUUGCAACAUGCAGACCAGGUAUCAGCAAAGCUUGGUGUCUCCUCCUGUCAAUUGCAAUAAUACUUCUAGGAGCUGGAAUUGCUUUUGUUCUCAUCUGGUACUUUGUGACAAACACUUGUUUUGGCUCCAAGAUACCAUGUGGUGCUACAAGUGUAUGUGUGACACCAUCUCAGUGGUGUGAUGGAGUGAAAGAUUGCCCUAAUGGUGAAGAUGAAACACGUUGUGUUAGACUUUAUGGACCAGAGUUUCUCCUGGAAGUCUAUUCAUCUGGAAACAAAGACUGGUACCCUGUAUGCUUUGAUAACUGGAAUAAAGAACAUGGGAAGACUGCCUGUGAAGACAUGGGAUAUAACUCGGACACAUAUGACAGCAGCCAACCAAUGCCACUCCCUGCUGGAUCUAUGAGCUUUAUGAGGCUGAAUACAAGUGCUGGAAAUAUAGAUUUGUAUAAGAAAUUGUAUAACAGCUACUUGUGUCCAUCAAAAAGUGUGGUAUCUCUGCGAUGUAUAGACUGUGGCAAGUCCAGUAAACGUAUGAAUCCUCGAAACAGAAUUGUGGGUGGAAACGUUGCCUCCCUUGGAGACUGGCCGUGGCAAGUCAGUCUUCAUGUCCGAAACACCCAUCUAUGUGGAGGGUCCAUUAUCACUCCUGAAUGGGUAGUAACAGCAGCUCACUGUGUAGAAGGGAAAUAUUCUCAGUCUCCCUACUGGAGAGUUUAUGCUGGGAUUCUGACACAGCCAGAAAUGGUUGCUCGAAAGGGACGCAGAGUAGCCAAAAUAAUUCCUCAUCCAAAUUAUGAUCCAACUACUAAAAAUAAUGAUGUUGCUCUUAUGAAGCUACAGUCUCCUCUACUUUUUAAUGAAUUUAUAGGGCCAGUUUGUUUGCCCAAUCCUGGAAUGAUGUUCCAGCCCAAUCAACAGGCUUUGAUAUCUGGAUGGGGAGCAAGAAGCCAAGGAGGUAACACUUCAAAAGAACUGAAUGAAGCAGUUGUACAAAUAAUACCAUCAGAUACAUGUAAUGCAAGAUUUAUAUAUAACGGACACAUCUUGCCUACUAUGAUUUGUGCUGGCUAUCUAUCAGGAGUUGUGGAUUCUUGUCAGGGUGACAGUGGUGGUCCAUUGGUAACUUUGAAAAACACUCUGUGGUGGUUAGUGGGUGACACCAGUUGGGGAACAGGCUGUGCUAGUCAAUUUAAACCUGGAGUUUAUGGUAACAUGACUGUGUUCACAGACUGGAUUUACCGAAAUAUGCAGGCAAAUCGAUGACGAUGAUAUUCUGCCAUGUAUCACCCCUGUAGAAUGAUUGGUGCCUCAGUGAUGUAUUGGAUUACUUCAAUCAGUGGUGGAUCAAAUGGAUUUUUUGGUCUUCCUAAUUUUUGUAUUAAGUACCUUUUAAAAAUGACUUCUAGGUCCUCAACACUUCAUUUAAUGACUAUAACCCGAAUGUUUGCACCAAGCAAAUGGCUUGGUGCCAUUGCACUGACUGGCUUCUUACCAAGUGCAGUUUAGGUUUCACAAGAUUCUAUCUUUCUUAAUGUGACGCUAACAGUCAUGUGGCCAACACUCCCUUUUACCAACUACUUGCUGACGUUUCCUUUAUUCUUGAGGAUUCCCAGCUAAUUUUAGCUUUUUUAAAAGUUAUAACCACAUUUGUAAAGUGCUAUUUCUAUUUUUGGUAUGCAAGCAAAACAUCUUGUUACUUUUAGUGUUUAGAAUUUAGUAUUUUUUUAGUGUUUAAUAUUUAGUAUAUUAGUGAUGUGAAUAUCUGGGCUGCUGGCUAGUCCAGUUUUUCAAGAAUUGAAGGGAAAACAGGUUUCUCCAAACUUUUACUGACAGAUGGAAAAUGAAUAGCAUGUAUUCAGGUACCCAUAAUUCUUCUUGAUCUUUACAGGUGUUAUUGAUUCUAAAAUCAAGUGUAUAUCCAAUUUGAAUUGAAUUUGUUUCCUUUCCCCAAUAUGUACAUGUAAUCAAGAUCAGUUGGGUUCAGCUUCAUUUUUUUGAAGAGAUUAUUCCAGGAUUGUAUGGCUAAUGCAGGAAGAAUAAAGUAAGUAGGAUUCUUAAGUCAGAGUAACAGUUUGGCUUGGCAGGUAAAAGUGUUCUAGAUACAUCUUUAGUUGUUGAAGCCAGAAGCAGUGAAAAAUGAAUAAUUCAACACUUUCCUGCCAUUUUUCUAAGCAAAGGAUAAAGAUUCUCUUGUGAAGCUAUGCUACAAAUAUUCAGUACAAGAAAGUAAAAAUAACUUAAUCUUAUGACUACCUCAUUUUGUAAAGCGUUGACAAAAUUGAGUGUAUUAAGCAGGAAAUUGCCCUACCCUUGUUCUUUAAAUUAAUACUUUAUUUUAAGAUUUAUGGUUCUAAUGAAGACAGAAGCAAAAACAUAGGUAUCUUGCUGUGUAGAAAAACUGGCUCCAUAUCUAUAAUGGCAGUGAAGUUUCUUCUCUUCCCUCUGAUUCCCACGGACUGAAAUAAUAUUGCUGCUAUUGAAAU